UUAUGGAAGUAUUACCAAAUGCCAAAAGGCAUCAUAUCCCAAAAAGUCAAUCGUGGUUAGUGUAAGAGAAGAUUUGCCAAGAAAUGAUGCGAGCUAUUCAGUAUUCUUGCUAUGAUGGAGGAGCAGCUGCUUUACAGCAUGUUGAAGUCGGUAUUCCUGAGCCAAAGGUUGACGAGGUGUUGAUAAAAGUUGAGGCAAUAGCUUUAAAUGCGGCUGAUUGGAAGAUACAAGAGGGCAUGGUUCGGCCCUUCUUUCCUCUCAAAUUUCCUAUGAUACCAGGAACUGAUAUUUCUGGCGAAGUAGUCAAGGUUGGAUCUUCUAUAACAAAGCUCAAAAUUGGUGACAAAGUUGUUGCAUUGCUUAGCAGUUUCACCGGAGGUGCGCUAGCCGAGUAUGCCGUAGCCAAGGAGAACCUAACAUUGACUAAACCACCUGACAUCACAGCACCUGAAUGUGCAGCACUACCUCUUGCAGCCCUUACAGCUUACCAAGCUCUCACACAGUCUGCAGACAUCAAAUUAGAUGGAAGUAGUCAAAACAUUAACAUAUUGGUCACCGGUGCAUCAGGGGGUGUAGGCCACUACGCAGUUCAGCUAGCAAAGCUAAGCAACGCCCAUGUAACAGCUACAUGUGGUGCACGAAACCUCGAAUUGGUCAAAAGCUUGGGUGCUGAUGAGGUACUUGACUAUCAAACCCCAGAAGGGACUGCACUAAAAAGUCCUUCAGGAAAGAAAUAUGACAUUGUGAUACACUGUGCUACAAAAAUUCCUUGGGAAACUUUUGUGUCUAAUUUAAAUGAACCAAGUAAAGUGAUUUGUGUUAGUGGAGGCUUUAUUGAAUGGUUUAUAUAUGCUAAGCAUAAGUUGACAUUCUCUAAGAAGGUGUUAAUGCCAAUGGUUAUGAUUCCUAAGAGAGAAAACUUUCAAGAAUUGGUGAAUUUGGUGCAAGCAGGGAAGCUUAAAUCGAUCAUAGAUUCGAAACAUUCGUUAGGUAAUGUUGAAGAUGGUUGGAGUCGAAUAAUGAGUGGACAUGCAACAGGAAAAGUUAUAGUAGAACCUUAAAAGGAACAUAUGUAUACUAUGUUGAUGUACAUAUAAUAAGCUUGAGGAUGAUGGAUUUGAAGAGUUGGUGUACAUAUUGUAUAAACUCUUGCUUAUGGAUUUAUGUGUGAAUAUGUAAUGCUUGAAAACAUUAUUUUAUAAAGAAGUUGUCUAUGCUGUAUUUGGAUGGAAGAAAGUUGAGCCCAAGAGGAAAAUGAGAGAUGGAAAAUAAAGGGACGACAUAUUUUCUAGAUAGCAAAAGAGAAGACGAGGAAAACGGAGGGAAUGGAAAAUUUUGGAAGAAAACUCGCCAAUUUUCCCUUUUCUUUCCAUCCCUUCCCUUCCCUCCUUGUAACAUUGUGUAAUUAAUAAGUGCUUAUUGCCAAUAAUUUAUUCAGAGUUGCCCUUUUUUUACUUGCACUUAUAUGCCUUCAAUUGUUUAUUUUGAUUAAU